AUGGCUCUGCAGGAUAAAGAAAUAGGACAGCCGGCUUCAGCCGAGCCGGUGGCAGAGCAAACGGCCCAGGGGCCAUCGUUCCCAGAAGGUGGCUUGCGAGCGUGGACAGUCGUCGCAGGGUCAUUUUGCAUCUUAUUUUGCAGUUUUGGAUAUUUGAACGCCUAUGGUGUCUAUCAAGACUAUUAUCAGGUCAACCAGUUGAGGACCAUGUCAUCCUCAACUAUCUCUUGGAUCGGAUCCGUCCAAGUCUUCUUUCUCUAUGCCGGGGGUCUCAUAGGCGGCCCAUUAUUCGACCGACUAGGCGCCGUGGUCAUAUUUCCGCCUGCCGCCCUCUUCAUCUUCGCAGUGAUGAUGACCUCUCUCUGUCAUACGUACUAUCAAUUUAUGCUUGCGCAGGGUAUUCUCGGAGGUCUUUGCUGCGGUAUCAUAUUUACCCCUUCAAUGGCCGCCGUGGGACAAUAUUUCCACAAGCGCCGAGGUGCUGCAAUGGGGGUGGUUGUCUCUGGCUCUGGACUAGGGGGGGUUAUCUUCCCAAUCGCAUUGAGUAAGAUGUUCAAAUCGAAUCUUGGGUUCGGUUGGUCGGUUCGCAUCGUGGGUUUCAUCAUGCUGGCUCUCCUCAUCAUUGCCUGCGUGACAAUCCGCAGACGUCUUCCGCCUCGGGGAGGCAGUAUCUUUGUUGCAUCUGCAUUUAAAAAUCCCCAAUAUGUACUUUCCAUCGCCGCUCUAUUCUUCCUUGUGUGGGGGAUGUUCUUGCCCUUCUUCUUUAUUGAAGAGUAUGGGAUAUCCCAAGGUAUGAGCAGUAAUCUCGCAUCUUAUCUGCUCUCUAUUAUGAACGCGGCGUCUAUCUUUGGUCGUUUACUUCCUGGGUUUGUUGCCGAUAGAUUCGGCAAUUUUACAGUGCUCUCCGUUUCCGGUGCCGCAACGGGGGUUCUUCUUCUAUGCUGGAUGGCUAUUCACUCUAACGCUGCUAUCAUCGUAUUCUCUGCUCUCUAUGGCUUCUGUUCUGGUGCUCUCAUUUCUUUGAUAUCACCAUGCUUUGCUCAAAUCGCCGGCAAACCGAAUAUGAUUGGCGCCUAUCUAGGUAUGGGUAUGGGUAUCUUGGGAUUUUCUGGUCUGACGGGAACCCCAAUCUGUGGCGCGCUCAUUGAUAAUCAUGGCUGGAAUUCUGCCAUGAUCUUCAGUGGGGUUUCGGUUCUCAUUGGGGCUAGCUUGACUUUUACCACCAAGCUUACGUUGAAUCCCGAUAUAUUCGGAAAGGCUUGA